AUGACCUGGCAAGACGUGGCGGCACAGCGUAAAGCGAGCAUUCUUGAUGCGAUACCUGCAGAAUGGCGCCUCAAGACGGCCCACACCGGCGACUCGGCCAUGUCGGCGUUCAAGGACAGCGGAAUCCUCACGGCAGAGGAACUGGCCAUCACCGAGACGUCUGCAGCCGACUUGGUGCACAGUCUAGCCAUCGGAAAGCUGACAGCUGUGGCUGUGACGACUGCAUUCUUGAAGCGAGCUGCGUUGGCCCAUCAACUGGUCAAUUGCCUUCUCGGUUUCAUGCCCGAGUAUGCUCUGGCGAGAGCCAAGUCGCUCGAUGAAUACUUUGCCAAGCAUAAGAAGCCAAGCGGCCCCCUGCACGGGCUGCCCAUCUCUCUCAAAGACCAGUGCCGUGUCAAGGGGUUUGAUACGUCAAUGGGGUAUGUCGGAUGGAUUGGCAUGAAGGAUGACGAGAGCAGUGUGCUGGUCGACUUGCUAGACAAGGCCGGCGCUGUGUUUUAUGUCAAGACCAGCGUUCCACAGAGCCUGAUGGUCUGCGAGACGAUCAACAAUAUCACGGGCCGAACUGUAAACCCACGGAAUAAGAACUGGUCCUGUGGAGGCAGCUCUGGCGGCGAAGGGGCCUUGAUUGGAUGCUAUGGUAGUCCCAUCGGUAUUGCGACUGACAUUGGCGGAUCUAUCAGAGUUCCAGCGGCUUUCAACUUCCUAUACGGUAUUCGUCCUAGCCACGGACGGCUCCCGUAUGCCAAGCUUGCCAACAGCAUGGAAGGCCAAGAGACCAUCCAUAGCGUGGUCGGUCCCAUCUGUCACUCGAUCGCAGACAUGCGUGUCUUUAUGAAAGCUGUGCUCGGGGAGAAGCCGUGGCAAUUCGAUUCCAAGACCAUUCCCAUGCCAUGGCGACCUGAAGAGGAAGACGCAAUCAGGUCCAAGAUCUCGUCUGGUGGUCUCACACUUGGCGUGUACUCCUGUGACGGAAAUGACAUAUUUGGCUCCCUGAAGCUUUCGGGAGAGCCUGCUAUCCCUAACAUUCAAGAGCUGGUCAACCCAGAUCUGAAGAAGGUCGGAGUCAAUGAUGUUUGGGACCUUCAGCUCAGCAAGUGGAACUAUCAGAUCGAGUAUCUUGCCAAGAUCCGCGAGUUCGAGGCCAAGACUGGACGAGAGCUCGACGCGAUCAUCGCUCCCAUUACCCCCACUGCCGCAGUCCGCCACAACCAGUUCAAGUACUACGGCUACGCCACCGUGAUAAACGUUCUGGACUGGACUAGUGUUGUGGUCCCCGUCACGUUCGCCGACAAGGCCCUAGAUGCGAAAGCAACCGACUUCAAGCCUUUGUCGGAUAUCGACGCAACUGUGCAGGCUGAGUACGAUCCCGAGGCAUACCACGGGGCUCCGGUUGCCGUGCAGAUCAUUGGCCGCCGACUCACGGAAGAGCGUAUUAUGGCUAUUGCGGAAGAAGUGGGGAGACUUCUGAAGAACUAA